GCGUGGUCAUACCCUCUCUGUGCUGUGCUUUCUAAACUCCAUCCAUCCAUUUCCUACAGCUUGUCCCUUUUGGGCUGAGCUAGGCUUUCUAAACGCGCGACUGGUCGGAAUACAAUAAUUAGGAAGCUGACUUCAGCUUGAAAAUAGCGCUGCACACAUUUUAAAAGGUAUUACCAGCAGCAAGCUUGUGGGCUUUAAGUAUCAGGACUAAAGAGGAUUGUCAGAAAUGACUUCUUGGCUUCUGAAGACUUGCAGGCUGCUUUGCUUGUGCUUCACUUUACCUUUGCGCCUCCUUGAUAUGUUCGGUUUACGCGCGGCGUACAAACGUCUCUUCCCCCGGCUCAUGUACACCAUGACGUUCCGCUACAACGACUUGAUGCACAGCGAGAAGAGACAACUCUUCAGGAACGUCAACACGUUUGCCAACAGCGACGGAACGCUUCGCCUGCUUGAGAUCGGCUGUGGCAGCGGCGCCAACUUCCAGUUUUACCCGUAUGGUUGCACCGUGCUCUGCGCCGACCCCAACCCGCACUUUGAGACCUACCUGCGGAGGAGCAUGGACGCCAACAAGCACCUGACCUACGAGGCCUUCCUGGUGCUCCCUGCCGAGGACAUGAGGGAGGUGGAGGACGCGUCUGUGGACGUGGUGGUGUGCACCUUGGUGCUGUGUUCUGUCCAGGACGUCAAGAAGGUUCUACAGGAAGUUCGACGCGUGCUGAAAACAGGUGGAGCUUUCUACUUCAUGGAACAUGUGGUGUCAAGUCCCUCCACCUGGACACACUUCCUGCAACACACACUUGAGCCUUUGUGGUUCUAUAUUGAAGAUGGAUGCAUCAUUACGAGAGCGACAUGGAAAGAUCUGGAGUCAGCUGGCUUUUCACAAGUCAACAUUAAACACUUGGAGGCUCCAAUCUCUCCAGUGAUACGACCACAUAUUCAGGGAUAUUGCAUUAAAUAAAAAUAUUUUUAGAGAUGAAGUGGCAAAAAAUGUUCAGAAAUGAAUAUUGAGUGAAAAUAUAUAUUAUUUACUUACAGAAUCAGCAACAUUUCAAACAUUGUUCCGCAUCUUCGCACCUUUCAAGACCAAAUAAAAUAUUACUUGGACAAAA